GUCAGCGAAGGACUUUGGCUUUGCUAAGUCAUUGAAGCGUAGCUUCCGACGAAGUUCAAUACUCUUUUCCUUUUCCUUUCCUCUUUAGUAUUCGAAGUUCAAACAUUUUCUUUCUUAUUUAGUCCUCAAAAUUCUCCAACCUUUCUUCAAAUUAGACCAUUCUUCUUCUUCUUCUUCUUCUUCAACCUUUCAACCUUUCAAUUUCAAUAUGAGGAAAGUUGUGGUGCAAUUGGACGUACAUGAUGAUAAAGGGAAACGAAAGGCCUUAAAAUCUGUCUCUGUCCUUCAAGGAAUUGAAUCGAUCGCCAUGGACAUAAAGGACAAGAAGCUAACAGUAAUUGGGGAUGUGGAUUCAGUUGAUGUAGUUGCAAAGGUUCGAAAGCAUUGGCCGAACGCCGAAAUCGUCGGCCCGGCGAAAGAAGAGAAGAAGGCACCACAAGAUACAAAGCCAAAGGAAAAGGGUGAAAGUGGUAAAAUUGAAACCUUCUUACAUUGUACAAAAGCUAUGGCUGUAUUCCUACUGGAUAUCGUAACUGCGGUGUGUGUAGUGUAGAGGAGAAUCCUAAUUGUUUUGUCAUUUCUUAGAAUGAUAUCAUUCAAUUUUCAGCUUGAGUACCCAAUUGGUGAUUAAAUAUGUUGAUUCAACUAUUACAUUGUAUGUAUUAAGCCUUUGAUUCAAACAUUUUUAAAGACCCAGCUUCUGUCAUGUCACAAAUUCGUAGAAUAAACACAUUAUUAAGUGGGUGUUUUUUCUCCAAAGGAAAAUAAUACUAAAGUGGUGUAGGUUUUUUCUUC